AUGGAUUACCUGACCUCCAGAUGCAGGCAGAACAGAGACAGAAGACCCAAGACCCGGCCCAGAACACACCACAAACCAGCAGGGAGCAGACAGAGUCUAACCAACACCAACUCCAAGAUAGAAGACUGGAUCUCCUCAGAUAUGGACCCCAGCAAGAGCAAAGGUACAGACGGUGUGGAGUCGGACCGGUCUGGGAUCGUGCUGCCAUUCCACAGUACACCACUAGAUGGCAGGAGAGGGAGCAGCAAGCCCUACUCCUGCUCAGACGGACCAGUCAAACCCCAGAGCAGAAAACACUUGAAUACAGCAUCAGAGGAGAACCGUUCUCUGGAGACCUCCAAUCUCACCCAUCCCAGUCCUCCAGCACUCUGGCACUCAUACAAGAACUUCAGCUACAGAUCUCCACCACCACCAGGUGACAUGGAGAAUGUCUACUCUAAGGGCAGGUAUCAUCUCUCCUCUCAGCCUCUACAGAAGCCUCUGUUGCAAGUCAACUAUUGCUCCUCCUGCAGUUUACCGGCAGGUUUCAAAGUGCGAGAGCAGCAGUCUGCCUCCCACCACCGGAGGCGCUCUACCCAGUCAGACGUGCACUUUCAGCAGACUGCUCUCAGCCCCCCCAGGACUGGGGUCAUAGCCAGCAGGCCCAAAGCCAGCAGGGAUGAGGACAUCAACAGGACAUUAGACAGGGCUAUCGAGGCAGCCCGCAUUAUGAAAAGGACCACUGAUAGGAUGGCCAAGAGCCUGUCAGCUGACCUUGCCAAGGUUGAGCUGUACAGGAAGUUACACGGCCUUCACCCAUUGACAGGGAGGAACAAUACUGGCUCUUAACACUCUAAUUGACACACUGGAGAUACUGCUGCUACUAUGGGCUGGUCCAGGAGUAGCUAACCAGUGGAUUCAGCGGGGAUUGUUUUGUAUACAGGUGAAGUCGGGAAGUUUACAUACACCUUAGCCAAAUACAUUUCAACUCAGCUUUUCACAAUUCCUGACAUUUAAUCCUAGUAAAAAUUCCCUGUUUUAAGUCAGUUAGGAUCACCACUUUAUUUUAAGAAUGUGAAAUGUCAGAAUAAUAGUAGAGAUAAUUAUUUAUUUCAGUUUUUAUUAUUUCAUCACAUUCCUAGUGGGUCAGAAGUUUACAUACACUCAAUUAGUACUUGAUAGGAUUGCCAGUUCUUGGAUUGAUGUGCACUUUUCACACCAAAGUACCGUUCAUCUCUAGGAGACAGAACGCGUCUCCUUCCUGAGCGGUAUGACGGCUGCGUGGUCCCAUGGUGUUUAUACUUGUGUACUAUUGUUUGUACAGAUGAACGUGGUACCUUCAGGCGUUUGGAAAUUGCUCCCAAAGAUGAACCAGACUUGUGGAGGUCUACCAUUUUUUUCUGAGGUCUUGGCUGAUAUCUUUUGAUUUUCCCAUGAUGUCAAGCAGAGAGUCACUGAAUUUGAAGGUGGGCCUUGAAAUACAUCUACAGAUACACCUCCAAUUGACUCUAAUGAUGUCAUUAGCCUAUCAGAAGCUUCUAAAGCCAUGACAUAAUUUUCUGGAAUUUUCCAAGCUGUUUAAAAGGUACAGUCAACUUAGUGUAUGUAAACUUCUGACCCACUGGAAUUGUGAUACAGUGAAUUAUAAAUUAAAUAAUCUCUCUGUAAACAAUUGUUGUUAAAAUGACUUGUGUCAUGUACACAGUAGAUGUCCUAACCGACUUUCCAAAACUAUAGUUAGUUCACAAGACAUUUGUGGAGUGGUUGAAACACUUAGGUUGGAGUCAUUAAAACUCGUUUAUGUAAACUUCUGACUUCAACUGUAUAUUUUAAUAAUACUAUAACACUAACUGAGGGAUUAUCGCUGUGGCAACUUCCAACCCAAAGCUAAACAUUAUUAAACCUUCAGUUUACAAUUAGAAAAACUUUUGAAUAUAUUUUUGGAAAAUGGAUGUAUUUGAGAAAUUUGACUGAAUCUGAUCAUUUAUUUUUGAAUUACAUUAUUUAUAACCAUUUGGUCUCAU